GCCCCUCUGGGCUUGCUCUACUUUAGACGCCGAGCGAUUUCUGGGUGCACGUGUGCAUGAUAAAUGCGCUCUACUUCACUGCAGAUCUUCUGUGGGCGCCCUGUACCAGGUAACAAGAUGCAGUUUCUUGGAGGAAAUCGGAGGAAACUGAGGUUGGCAGAUGACCAGAGGAAUGCUUGCUACCCACAUAGCCUUCAGUUUUACUUGCAGCCGCCUUCUGGAAACAUAUCUUUGAUAGAAUUUGAAAACUUGGCUAUCGAUAGAGUUAAAUUGCUAAAAGCAGUCGAGAAUCUUGGUGUGAGCUACGUGAAAGGAAGUGAGCAGUACCAGAGUAAGCUAGAGGCCGAGCUUCGGAAGCUUAAGUUUUCCUACAGAGAAAACUUGGGAGAUGAAUAUGAACCCCGAAGAAGAGAUCACAUUUCUCACUUUAUUUUACGCCUUGCUUACUGCCAGUCUGAAGAGCUUAGGCGCUGGUUCAUUCAACAAGAAAUGGAUCUCCUUCGAUUUCGAUUCAGUAUUUUACCCAAGGACAAAAUUCAGAGUUUCUUAAAGGAUAGCCAUUUGCAGUUUGAGGCUAUAAGUGAUGAAGAUAAGACUCUCCGAGAACAGGAUAUUAUGGCUUCAUCACACAGUUUAGGUGGGGUUCAGUUGGAGCUGGAAUCAGUUUAUAAGAUCCCUUUUGCUGAUGCUCUGGAUUUGUUCAGAGGAAGGAAAGUCUAUUUGGAAAAUGGCUUUGCUUAUGUACCACUCAAGGACAUUGUGGCUAUCAUCCUUAAUGAAUUUAGAACCAAACUGUCCAAGGCUUUGGCUUUAACAGCCAGGUCCUUGCCCGCUGUGCAGUCGGAUGAGAGACUCCAGCCUCUACUCAACCACCUCAGUCAUUCGUACACUGGUCAAGACUACAGUACACAGGGAAAUGUUGGGAAGGUUUCUUUAGAUCAGAUCGAUUCGCUUUCUACCAAAUCCUUCCCACCUUGCAUGCGUCAGCUACAUAAAGCCCUGCGGGAAAAUCACCAUCUUCGUCAUGGGGGCCGCAUGCAGUACGGCCUCUUCCUGAAGGGCAUUGGCCUAACCUUGGAACAGGCAUUGCAGUUCUGGAAGCAGGAAUUUAUCAGAGGAAAGAUGGAUCCAGACAAGUUUGAUAAAGGCUACUCUUACAACAUCCGUCAUAGCUUUGGAAAGGAAGGCAAGAGGACAGACUAUACGCCUUACAGUUGCCUGAAGAUUAUCCUAACCAAUCCACCAAGCCAAGGGGAUUAUCAUGAUUCUCCAUCUGCGGGAUCUGUCCAGCUUGGUGGAGGUGGAGUCCAGCAGUGGAGCCAGCACUUCUCCUUGCAAUUCUGUCAGGUUUUCCCUGAUGUGUUUUGAUGCUCUUUUGUUAAGUGCAUACACAUUACGGAUGGUGAUGUCUUCUUGGAGUAUUCACCCCUUAUCGUUAUGUAAUGCCCCUUUUUAUCCUGCAUAAACUCCCAUCCUUUGAACACUGCUCUGUCUGAAAGUAACAUAGAUACUCCCACUUUCUUUGAUUUGUGUUAGCAUGGUGUCUCUUUCUCUGUCUUUACUUUCAAUCCAUGAUUCUUUAAAGUGGCUUUCUUGUAUACAACAUACCGUAGGGUCUUGAUUUUGACCCAUUCUGACAAUCUAUUUUUAAUUGGUGACCACUGACGUUUAAAGUAAUGAUUGGUAUAGUUGGGUUAAUGGCUGCCAUAUUUGUUAGUUUUUUAUUUGUUGCCCUUAUUCUUUGUUUUUGUCUUACACACAUUUUCUGCCUUUUGUGGUUUUAACUGAGCAUUUUAUAUGAUUCCAUUUUUUUUCUCUUUUUAGCAUAUCUAUUGUACUUCUUUUGUUACUUUUUAAAUUAGUUUUAUUUUUUAAAGAGUUUUCACUAUAUGUGUACAACUAAUCCAACUCUCUUUUCAAAUCACCACAUCACACAUAAGUAAGGCAAGUACCUUAUAAUAAUGAAUAUUUCUACUUCCCUGUAUCAUUCUGUCAUUCAUUUCAUUUAUAUCUAAGAAUAUAUAAACACACACAGAUAUAUACAUAAACAUGCAUAACAGAAUACACUGUUCCCAUUACUUUAAACAAACUGUUAUCUGUCAGAUUAUUUAUGAAUAAGGAAAAUAAAAGUUUUUGUAUUACCUUUCCUUAUCAUUCUCUGAUGUUCAAAUUUUCUUUGGGUAGUUCUGAAUUUCUGGUUUGUAUCAUUUUAUUUCUCUUUGAAGAACUUCUUUUAAUGUUUCUUGCCCUGCAGGUCUGGCAACAGAUUACCUGAAUUUUUUUUUGUCAGAGAAAAUCCUUAUUUCUCCUCUUUCGAAGGAGAAUUUCUCAGGGUACAGAAUUCUGGGUUUGAGGGAUUUUUUUUCUCUCAACAGUUUAACUGUUUCACUCC